GUUCGCCUGAGGCAGGUGAGGGAAUGGAUGGUCACGUCUUUGGCAUGAGUGCUAGGCCUUCUGAUGCUGGGGUUCUGAUGGCAAAGGUGCUGCUGCGGCCAAGGGAGACAGGGGUUUGGUGGUACACAGAUGCUGAUGAAUCUUUUUACACCGAAGAAGGUGAUGAGCAAGAAGCACAGCAGGUGGACUCCACUCUUGUGUUAUCUUGUGUCAUUGAGUUAACUGAUGAGCCCAAUACGCGUUUUGAAGCUGUCCUUGAAGACAGCGAGUCGGUGUCUGUUGUGCUCCAAGAGCAGUUGUGUCAACCUUUGUUGCAGUCGUUGGGUCAGUCGCUUGGAAGUGAGUUUUGGCUGCUUGACUCAGGUGCGUCAUGCUGUGUUAUCAACCAUGUGACGUUGAAGACGCUUCCGCAUGAUGAGUUGACUGCAUGUGGUUCGACGUUUAUGGCUGCGAAUGGGACUCCUGUUCCCUUUGAUGGUCGUUGCCAUGUUGUGCUAAAGGUUCGCACAAAGGAUUCAAGUGGAGCUACCAAGAAUGGUGUCUGCAAGAUUCCUGUGAUGGUGGGUGACACUCCUUACAAUAUCCUGUCAACGCGAACUCUUGGAAGGCAUGGUUGGCGUGUUGUCUUGGAUGAAGGCGUUUCUGUGUGUCAUGUGAAGUCGGGUGUUGAUAUGAUUGAUACCUGUAUUUGGUGUGACACGCCUUGGAUCCGCGUGAUUCCUCAUUCAGAAGGUGAUCUCUUGUUGCCGUCGGAUGCCUCAGUUGAUCCUGCUCCAAUUUCCUCGAUUGGACAUGUUGCAGUUGUUUCGCAGAAGACCAAGGAAGAUCUUGAAAUUCACAGAGCAAAGGGCCACAUGCCCUUCCAUCCUGAUUGCGAGCAUUGUCUGAAGUCCCGAGGUGUUACCCAACACAGGCGAAAGUCUGAGCGCGGAGUGGAAACAGAGAUUGUUGCAGAUUUUAUGUUUCUCGACUCUUCUGGAGAGACGAUCAGCGUAGCUGAGCGCCAGACAAGUAGCUCUUUCAAGGUCCUCGUCCUUCGUGAGGCCUUUUCUUCUUCUAUUGGGGCUGUGAUGAUAACUGAGAACAUUGCAAAGGACAGAGGUCUUCUUUUGAAGUGGCUUGCUGAGUUUGGGUUGUCGUCCUCACAGGCAAGCAUUGUGCUUUUGACAGAUUCCGAAGAAGCGGUGAAGUCGUUUGUUGCAGGUGCGUCGGAUAAGUACAUCUUUAUGGUGCGCAAGGCUGCGCCACAAGCUCAUGAACAGCUUGGUGGUGCGGAAAGGACAGUCCGGGUCCUUAAAGAAGGGCUAGCUACUCUGCAAAGUGAUUUUCAGUCGCUUGGUUGCGUUUUGUCGUUUCGGAGAGACUUGUUGCAGCUUGCACUUUCUUACCUGUGCAUGAGUGUGAAUUCGAAUGGCAAAGCUUUUGGCGGUGAACGCUCUCCAAAGGAGGUUGCAGUUGGUCGAAGGUUGCCAGAUACCCCUUUUGCGUUGUUUGGGUCCAAGGUGCUUGCUGAGGUCCCUGAGUCUGUGAAGGCUUUGUGCCCGAAUAUGUCGCGUUUUGAGGCGGCAGCUUUUCUUCACCCGCAAUUUGGGUCGCUUGGGAGCUUGGUGUAUGCGCAUGUGCGUGUGGGCCAGGUCUUGACGCCAAAGGUGUUUGUUGCCAAGUCGAUCAAGCUUGUGUUUCCGAUUGAGCUUGUCUUCGAGUCGGGGAUGUUUGAAGUUUUGCGUCGUCGUGGUGAGCUUGGGCCUGAGAGGCCAGAUCAUCCAGUUGCGCCUCGGAUUCUUCCGAGUUCCCAGGGUGCCUCUUUGAAGUGUCCUGUUUCCGGUCCGCCAAAGGAGUUUUUUGAGAGGUAUGGGUUCUCAGGUGAGUGCCGAGCGUGUUCUAACAUGGCACAAUUUGGGUCUAGGAAGGGCUCUUCUCACGGUCGGGCUUGCUGUUUGAGAUAUGAAGCGUGGUUGCGGUCGCAAGUUGCAACAGAUGACAGCAUGGACGUUGAAGUGCCUGUGGCUUCGGAUGCAGAGGCUAUGCGUGAAGCUCUUUCUGAGCUAGCCGAGGAUGAGUCGAGGCAAGACCGAGCUGUGGAGGAGGCUCAGGGUUCUCCUUUGCCUCCCCCGGCCAAUGGGGACGCUGCUUCGUCUGAGGCUCCAGCGAGGAUUGUGAGCGAGGCGGCCCCCAGUGGUCGUGUUUUCACGCGUGGUUGUCCUGCGUGCGAGUCUGGCAUGAAUGCUCCUGGCAUUCGUCACAAUGCUGAUUGCAAGCGAAGGAACCAACAUCUGAGUGUUAGAUUUUCUGUUUCUGGGGAGCCCGAUGAUGACGAAGCUUCAUCCAGGCGUCUGCCUGAAAAUCUUGAAGGAGCUGUUGCUCCUGAGUCUGAGGGCAUUGGGGCUCUUGAUGAGGACACUGAGAUGCCGUUUGCCGAUCCAGUGUUGACUGGAAGUGAAGGCGGAGGCAGCCUAGAGGCUGAAGAAGUGCUUCGUGGAAGCAGUGCUGUGAAACGCUCCUCUGAAGUCCCGUUGGAAGAUCUGGAGCGUGAGAUCAGGCAGGACCAAGAAAGGGUUGCUUCAGUUAUGGUUACCUUCCACAAUUGCGAAACAGGGAAUGAUGUUCACAUGCCUCUUGCGAGUUUUGUUGAGCAGGCGUUCCAGGUUUCCAAUUAUGUCCCUUUGCUUUCAGGGCUUGUGGAUUCGGUUCAGUUCGCCCCGAACUCUACGAGUGUUGUUUUGCCGUUUGGGAAAAGGUCGCAUUUGAGACUUUGGAAGCCUAGUUCCGCUGUUGAUGACUCUACCUUGGGUGAGCUUUCAGGAGAUCAGGUCAUGGAAGGCAUGGUCAAAGAAGUCAACAAUUUGAGUCACAUGGAAACUGGGGAUCUGUUGACUGCUUCAGAACUUCAGAGUCUUGAGAAGAGGUUCCCAGGUCCCUGUUUGCUGUUGGUCUAUGUGGAUGAUUUUCUGUGCAUUGCGCCAACAAAGGAGGAUGCAGAUCACAUCUUUGAGGUGAUUGAGAAGAAAGUUGAACUCAAGAGAACCGGGUUGAUCAAUUCUUCCAAGGAUGGCGGUGGCACUUUGCGGUUUAUUGGUAGGGUUAUCUCCAGGAGAAAGGGGGAGUCCUCUAUCACAGUGUCUUUGCCAGAAGAUUAUUUGGAUGAGACCUUCAAGGCUUAUGGUCUUUCGGGAAAAGGUUCCUCAAGUCCUCCAGAUGUUGCGGUUCAUGUUGAGAAGCAAGAUGGGGUUCCAUUGUCUCCUGAGGCGUAUGCCAGGUUCAGGUCUGCGUUGGGGAAAGUAGCUUGGAUGACGCAGACUCGUCAGGACUUGCGUGCUUAUGUGUCAAUCUUGGCAACGCAGCAAGCCACACCCACGAAUCAUACUGAGCAUGGUCUCCGAGCCUUGCUUCGAUUUCUGAAGAACGACAUGUGCGUGGUUGUGCGGUUGCCUGCUGCGAGUGAUGUGUUGGCUCCCUCGCAACACUACCAAGGAAAGAAGCACCUUGUGUGUUUCUCUGACGCAUCGCAUGCGCCUUUGAAGUGCACGAAGCGCCGUGGCAUCAGUGGAGGAGUGUUGACACUUGAUGGCUGCGUGAUAAAGACUUUGUGUCGUCACCAACAGCUUGUGUCGCUGUCGUCUAUGGAGUCAGAGCUGUUUGCGUUGCAGUCGGUUGCUCAAGAAAUGUCGAGUCUUGGAAAGUUCAUGGCAAGGGUCUUCAUGUCGUUUCGAGAAAGCGAGGAAGUUGAAUUGCCUGGGAUACUUUACAGUGACUCAGAAAGCGCUUUGAAGCUUCUUCGCAAUUUGGACACACCCAGACAAAGCAGACAUCUUGAGAUAAGAGUCGAGUGGCUUAAAGCUCGUGUCGCAGCGGGUUCUUUGGUCCUUGCGUUUAAGAAGGGAAUCGAAAAUCCGUCAGACCUCUUGACUAAAUGUUUGGGGUCCUCGGCUUUCGGGAUACAUCGCGAAGCGUUGGGCUUUGAGUCGCUGUCGGGACCACUUGCGUCUUUGUGCAAUCAUGAGAAGAGAUUGGUGAUGGUUGAAGUGUGCUGUCGACCGCAGUCGAGUGUUCAAGGUGCAUGUCGCAGAGUCGGGAUGAGUUACGUUGGCGUGACUGAGAACAUGCAGAGUGACAGCGUGUUCAAAGAGGUGCGUCGAUAUCUUCUGAACUUUGCGUGUGACUGCGUGUUUGUGCAUGUGUCCACGCCUUGCUCUUCUGGAUCUUACUUGCGUCGGUUCUCUGGCGGGAGCUCGUCGAAGUCGGAUUGGGAAUGGUUUGAGGUGUUUCCUUGUGUGUUGAAGUACUUGAAGCUUGGGAAGCACUCGAGCUUUGAGCUGCCAUGGAACAAUGAGAUUUGGCAACAUGACUUGUGCCAGAAGGUGCUGAAGAAGGCAGGCCACACGUUCGAUGUGCCGGUGAGGUUGUGCAUGACUGGUGUGCUAAGCAUGCAAGUCUGUGGCAAGUUGGGUGGACCGAAACAGGUUUUUACACUCCGAAACUCGCUGAUGCGAUUGUUCGAGGUGCGAACUCGUGCUGCCAUGGUUCUCACGACCGAUGAACGCAGGGAGCUGCGCCGUUUGCUGGAUAAGAUGGAUUCUGCAGAUGGCUUGGCUUCGACUGCCAAUACUUCUAUGACCGAUGGGACCAAGCGUCUCAGAGAUGUGGGUGGAUAUCCAGAGGAUGGGUCUACUGCAUCAGGAUCUGCUUGCGGUGCCCAGCUGCCGAUUUCAAAGGGAAGCGCAAAGGGUGCUGUGAGCACUCCCAAGUGUUAUGAAGACCUCGUCGAUGCAGUCGAGGGGGAAGAGUUUGGGGAUAGCGACAAUGUGAUUGUCGUGAGUUAUGCAGGUACUGAGGUCACCUCGGUGCCACUUCCAAGUAAUCUAUCUAUGGAGGAUUGGGGUCGGACAAUCUGCGAUCUGCCAAAGGUCCAGAAGAAUAAGAUGUGGUUUAAGAAGUCCUAUGCGACCUUGGUCAAGCUUGCCAAGGAGGAUAGCGACCUUGCAAGCUACCUCAAUUGGAUCAAGGAGAAAUUUGGUCGCAAUUAUGAUCCGACGACCUCCUCCAGUCAGUCCUCGGACCUUGCGGGGUAUUUGAUGAGGAUUGGUUUUUCAAAGCAGAAGGGAUUCCAGCGCAAGUUGGCGGAGGAGUAA